UGUAAAACAAAUUUCAUUCCAAAAGACUGGCGUUGUGGGCUUUUGCAUCCUGAAGCGAUCGGACAUAUAGAAUUGAAGGAUGGACGACAAUGUAAGAGAAACCGACGAUUGUUCGAUAGUUGUUAUUAUUGAUUCUAUCAGAGAAAAGCUUUCUCGGAGUUAUGCAUCUCAGUCCUCGAGACCAAUUUCUUGUAUAUACAAAGUCCACCAAAAGAUUCGCAAAAUGAAGGAAGAUGCCUACACGCCUGAUAUGGUCUCUAUUGGCCCUUAUCACCAUGGUAAGCAAAACUUGCAAGCCAUGGAAGACCUUAAGGUGCAAUACUUACAGGCAGUGCUUGAUCGAACAAGAGAUGAAAACAAUUUGGAGAUUUAUGUGAAAGCUCUCAAGGAGUUAGAAGCUGAAGCCCGUGGGUGUUACUCAGAACCCAUCGACUUAAGUAACAAAGAAUUCAUAGAAAUGAUGCUUUUAGAUGGAUUCUUCAUCAUUGAGUUAUUCCGGAAAUAUGCACAUGUUGUUGAGUCAGAGGUUCGUGAUCCCAUAUUCUAUACCAGCUCAAUGAUAGGAAGGGUUUUGCGUGACUUGGUGUUGCUUGAAAACCAAAUACCCAUUUCAGUUCUUCAAACAUUAUUCGAUCUAAGUAAGGAUCCUGGCUCUGAUAGAUUAUCACUCAUUGAUUUGGCUCUCCUUUUCUUCAAUGGAUUGAUUCCCGAUGGUAUUUGUAAGUAUCUUUGCAAUCAGGAAAAUGAGGACAUGACCAUUACCCACAACCAUUUACUGGGUCUGUUAAGCUUCACAAUUGAUAGUCAUUAUUCUCAUCGGAGGAGCAAGAUGAUAUCUUUACAUACAUCACUAGAAUCUUUGCCAUGUGUGAUGCAGCUCCUGCGUUUCGGUGUUAAGUUCAAGAGGAGUUAUACACUUGAUAGCUUUACAGACAUAAGGUUCAGAGAUGGAGUACUUGAAAUCCCUCCAUUAUACAUUGAUAACUACACAGAUUCCUUUUUUCGAAACCUUAUUGCUUACGAGCAAUGCCGUAUUGGAGGUAAACACUCGGUAACAUCUUAUGCCAUCGUUAUGGAUCAGCUUAUUAAAUCUAUUGAUGACGUGAUAUUUCUCCGUGAUCGUGGAAUUAUUAUUAAUCGUUUGGGUAAAGGAAAUAAGGUCUUGUGUCUGUUUAACGAUCUUUGCAGUGAAAUUUUAGACAGUGACUUCGAUUACAGGGAACUUUGUGAGAAGGUGAAUGAAUUUUGUUACAGUCGUCGUUUUUGGACAUGGAAAGCGACUUUGGUUAUUUCAUCAGCAUCUUUAGCACUUUUUCUUACUGCUUGGGCUACAGUAUUUACCACCCUCCAGUUCUUUAAUGUUCAAUAUAAAUCUAAUUAGGUAUCAAGUUGCGGACGAGCUAUUAGGUCAAUCGACAUCACAGAUUCACACGU